AUGCUCGAGACGACGCCCGCCGAGGACGCCGAGCGCCACGCCGUCGACGAGCUGCUGUACGUGUCCAUGGCCGCCAUCCGCGCCCGCGCCGCCCGCGAGGACCACACCUUCGACCUGCUCGAGCCCGUCGACGUCAACGCCCGCGACCCCCGCUGGAUCGCCCGCCGCGCCUGCUGCGUCCGCCUCGCCAACGAGUUCGCCGCCGCCUGGGACCGCGACCACGACGACCCCGCCGGCAGCAGCAGCAGCAGCAGCAGCAGCCAGACGCCCUUUGACCGCCUUCACCUCAGCGGACAGUGGCCCGGCCGACGGACCCAGCCGCUGCGCGAGGAGGACCCGCGCCACCCCGGCGGAGGACCCCACGAUCACCUGUACACCCAGGACAGUCGCGACCAGGAGGCCGUGCUCGACCGUGUCAUCGCCGCGCAGGACCGCGCGCGCCAUGCCGAGCGGGAGAGGCGCCGCCUCCACGGACCGAACGGAUACCACCCGGACGAGGCGGCAAGCAGCAACGGUGGCUAUCCCUUCAGCGACUAUUGCGCUUGGUGA